AUGAAAAUAAAUGAUAAAAUUGUUGAAAAAAAAGUUAAAAGUUUCCAAAGAAAUAUUUUAAAAAAAACUGGUUAAAUAAACACUAUUCCUAUCCAUAUUCAAGUAAAGAAUAAGUAGAGCAAUUAGCUGAAAAGUGUAAUCUAACAUAAAAAUAAAUAUUUAUAUAUAACAUACUUAGAUUUAAAUUUGAGUUAUAAAUGUCAGAGGUAGAACAGGAAAUAAAAUGUAUGA